UAAUCAAUAAUUUUAUGAGGUAUUCUCACCAUGUAUAUUAAAAAAAAUCAUAUAGUUGAAAUUCCAUUGCCAACUAGGGAAAAUGAUAUAUGCAAUAUCAAGAAAUCAGUACCAAGUGUAUACAUAAGAACUUUAAUAAGUUGAAAAGCUAUAGUUCUUUGCAACAAUAGCAUUCUGCUUCAAGUUCACGAUCAAUCUUGAAAGAAAACCAACUUCAAGUCCUAUCUGCAGUCAACCAGAAAGAGACUCCAAAGGGGUAAUGAUGGAUACAAGAACAAGAAGUUUUCUAUUUUGUUUAGCUCUUAUACAUACUAUUCAAGCUCAAGAUCAAUCAGGUUUUAUAAGCCUGGAUUGUGGACUACCAGCAAAUUCUAGCUACACCACAAAUCUCACCUACAUCUCAGAUGCAGCAUAUAUAAACAGUGGUGAAACAGAAAAUAUAGACUUCAACAAAAAUAUCUAUGAACAACAACUAUGGACCCUUAGAAGCUUUCCUAAUGGCACCAGGAACUGUUACACUAUAACCGAUAUUGCCGGUGGCACCAAAUAUUUAAUUCGAGCAAGCUUCUUGUAUGGUAAUUAUGAUGGGUUGCGAUCACCGCCAGUCUUUGAUCUCUACUUUGGAGAUAGCUUGUGGGAUAAAGUGAAUAUUACAUAUGAAGCAGAUAUAUUCAAUUACGAAGUCAUUCAUAUUCCAUCAACAAACAAAGUACAGAUCUGUCUGAUCAACAUAGGAGCUGGAACACCUUUCAUAUCUGCAUUAGAAUUUAGACCUUUGCCAGAGUAUAUUUACCCAAUUGGAUCCAAGUCCCUCUUGCUUUCUUUUCGAUGGGAUAUUGGUUCCACGUCAAACAUCUCAUACAGGUUCCCUUCUGAUGUUUUCGAUCGGAUUUGGCUUCCUGCUAAUAAUGAUAAAUAUUUUGAUCGAUUAAGUACCCCUCUUGCUGUAGAUGUCCAUCAAACAGAGAACCAGCCACCAGCCAUUGUUAUGGAAACGACUAUAGUCCCAAAAAAUGCAAGUGAUCCCUUCUCUCUUACAUGGAAGACAGAUGAUGAAACUACCCAGUAUUAUGUAUAUCUUUACUUUGCUGAGCUGGUCAAGCUUAAACGCAACCAGUUUAGAGGCUUCAACGUUAUUCAUAAUGGGAAAUAUUGGAAGGGACCUGUUAUUCCUGAUUACUUGAACGCAAGCAGCAUUUACAACAUCGAACCAUUAGACCCCGAAAACCAACACAACUUAACUUUUACUCGAAGUGAAAAUUCAACUCUUCCUCCAAUCUUCAAUGCUGUUGAAAUUUAUUCCAAUAUAGAGAUCUCAGAAUUAGAAUCAGAUCAAGGAGAUAUUGAUGCAAUCACAAAAAUAAAGUCAACCUACGGAGUGAUCAAAGAUUGGGGAGGAGAUCCAUGCAUCCCGAGAGCAUUUCCUUGGAGUGGUAUAGGUUGCAGCAAUGAAUCAAGCCCAAGAAUCAUAUCACUGAACUUGUCAUCGAGCAAUUUGACAGGCCUUAUAUCAACUGAUAUAUUUGAUCUAACGGCCUUACAAAUUUUGGACUUGUCAAACAAUGACUUAACAGGAAAAGUACCCGAUUUGUCCAAAUUGUCAAACCUCAAAGUUCUAAAUUUGGGGAACAACAAUCUCUCAUGUCCAAUUCCACCUGAACUCGUAAGAAGAUUCAAUGAUAGUUCACUAUCAUUAAGCGUAGAAUGCAACAAGGAGAUAGUAGUGGAAAAGAAGGAGGAGAAGAAGAAAAACAAUGUUGUAAUUCCAGUAGUAGCAUCAAUCGGCGGUCUGCUUGUCAUUGCCAUAAUUGCAGGGAUUGUUUUCUGGAUUGCUAGAUCAAAAAGUAAACAAGAAGGUAAUGCUGCGGAGGAGGUGCAUCAUCCAGAAAUCAACAUUAACAUUGGCGAGAAUUCUUUGGAAACCAGAAGACGUCAGUUUACUUAUUCUGAAGUGGUGAGAAUGACCAAUAAUUUUGUGAGGAUUAUUGGGAGAGGAAGUUUUGGAGCAGUUUACUAUGGAAUAAUUGAUGAUAUUCAAGUGGCUGUGAAGAUGCUAGCUCCAUCAGCCAUACAAGGCCACGAUCAAUUCAAAGUAGAGGAAUGUACUUUACAUAUAGUUACAGCUCUUCUUCAUGUUCACCACAGAAACUUAACAAACCUUGUAGGGUAUUUGAGCGAAGGAACUCACCUUGGCCUAAUUUUCGAGUACAUGGCCAAUGGAAGUUUAGCACAGCACCUUUAUGAGAAAAGUUCAAGUGCCAUAAGUUGGGAAGAUAGACUCCGAAUAGCAAUGGAUGCAGCUCAAGGACUGGAGUACCUGCAUGAUGGUUGUAAGCCACCAAUAAUCCAUGGAAAUGUGAAACCAACGAACAUUUUGUUGACUGAAAAAUUCCAAGCCAAACUUUCUGACUUCGGUGUUUUCAAGAGCUACCCAACAAAUGACAAUACCAGUUACGUUGACCCAGAGUACAGAACAUCAAACAGGCUGAGUCCGAAAAGUGAUGUGUACAGCUUCGGCCUUACUCUGUUAGAGAUAGUAUGUUGCAAACAAGUGAUAUCGAAAUCUCAAGGCCAGGAUUCAGUUCAUAUAAUUAAAUGGGUUGGCUCCAUGGUUGCUCAAGGUGAUUUUAGAAACAUAGCAGACCAAAGAUUAAAAGGAGAAUAUAACAUAACCUCUGUCCGAAAAGCAGUGGAAGUAGCAAUGGCUUGUGUAUCAGUGAAUUCUGAGAGAAGGCCAACAAUGAAUCAAGUGGUGGCAGAACUGAAAAGUUGCUUGGCUGUAGAAUUGAGUCGAACACCGGAGAAUCAAGCUCCUUAUUCAGCAGAAUCCAUGGAAAUGACAUCCAUUUACAUGGUUUUGCCUCCUCAAACAGGUCCCAUGGCGAGGUGAAGUUCAUCAGAAGAUCAGAAUCUAUCAUUUAGUGAUUGAAACUUGAAACGUACAAAUUUCGACUUCAUGUAUAAAGGGUAAAAAAUUGUGCCGUAAUUGCUUCUUCAUCUUUGGGUGGUCUUGAUCUUGAAGAAUACUUUCUUAUAUCAUGUGAAAAGAUGAUUUCAUUCCCAAAUCGAAAUCCGUUGUCCACACUAAUUCUAAUUUGGGAAAGUUCUCUCUUUUGUCCUUGAUUUUCUUAAUACGAUAAUCUGAAUAAAGAAACAAUCACCCAACCAAAGGAGAAUGGUAAUCGGAGACUUUACAGAGUUGUAAACCGCAGGCUUCAAUGAGAAGGGAUUCAACAUGGAGAAAUGGAUAACUUUAUUUGAACUACUUUGGAAAAAUGGGCAUCAAUGGCCCAUUU